AUGAGUGACUUGUUACGUAACGCAUGUGCUGAAGCUAAGGAAGGUAAUUCCACCAUCAAACAACAGGUUCGUGACAUUGGCAACAAGUUUUUAAACUCAGUUGAAAUAAGUGCACAAGAAGCAGUGUACAUCAUUCUGCAACUUCCCAUGAGAAAAUCUUCUCGAAAUGUUGUAUUCAUUAACACAUCUCUUCCAAAUGAUCGUGUUGAACUGUUGAAACCUCUCAGUGAGAUUGAGAAGAUGUCAGACGAGUCUGAAGAAAUUCACUCUGGUGGACUUCUGAAACGAUAUGUAGAACGACCAGACAGUUUAAAAAAUAUUACAUUAGCUGACUGGGCAGCAUGGUACGACUCACCUGGGCUGAACAAGUAUAAGAAAUCUGUUAAAAAAUCAGAUAUUGACAACCUUCCUUUGGAAGAUGAAGAUGAAAAUAAUGAUGAUGACCUAGGUGUUCAAAACACUGAAAGUUGUGUUUCAUCCAAAAAGUCGGUCAAAAAAAGAUCACAUGCAAGAAUUAUCCGCAGUGUUUGGUUUAACAAAGAAUCUCAACCAGAAAAACAUUAUCGUGAGUUGAUCAUGCUUUUCACUCCAUGGCGAAAUGAACAGGCCGAUUUAAUUGGAGCUUACUCUUCCUUUCAAGCACAUUACGAAGCUCGUCGUGAUGAAAUCAGUGAACAAAUGCAACAAUAUGCGGUUUGUAGUGAAGAUUUAAACGAAAUUCAACAUCACUUACAAGAAUGUGAUGAUGAUGCGUAUGACACAAUAGCACCAGUUACACAAGACACUGAACGUCGGGAUGAGAACGAAGGUAAUACAGAUACACAUCCAGAUUUAAAUGAAACGUAUGAUGUUUCUGAAGACUUGGGUAUCCCAUCAAGGUUACCUAAUAAUGAACCACUUAUUUUAAAUGAAAUGGAAGAUAAUGAAUACCGACGUUUGGUCCAAAUGCUAAACAAGAAACAAAGGGAAUUUUUUUAUCAUGCUUUGCAUUUAAUGAAGAUAUCUGAUAAUCCAUUUUAUGCCUUUUUAAGUGGAAGUGGAGGGGUAGGUAAAUCUCACUUAAUUAAGUCAAUUUAUCAGGCUGCUUUAAAGCACUAUAACAAACGAGCUGGCGAAGACUUUCGUCGCGUUCAAGUAUUAUUGCUUGCUCCAACAGGAAAAGCAGCUUAUCUAAUUAAAGGAAACACAAUCCAUAGUGCCUUAUCAAUUCCAGCAAGCCAAUCGCUUAAAAUUUAUAAACCACUCGACUCUGGUAGGUUGAACACUUUACGAUGUGAGCUGGGUGCAUUAAACUUGAUAUUACUUGAUGAAAUAUCAAUGGUUGGAAACAGUAUGUUUACAGUACAGUUAAAUAACCGUUUAAAAGAUUUAAAAGGAAGCAAAGACGACUUUGGUGGUGUUAGCAUCAUUACAAUCGGUGACUUAUUUCAACUUAAACCUGUCAUGGAUGGCUACAUUUUCACUGAUCUCCAGUCUUUAAACUAUUAUAGUGUUCUUGCUCCAAAUUUAUGGAAAAAAUAUUUUAGAAUGUUUGAACUUGAUGAGAUCAUGCGACAGAGAGAAAGUAAGAUGUUUGCUGAAAUUUUAAACAGGUUACGAGAAGGUAAACAUACAACUGCUGAUCUUCAAAAGCUGAAGGAAAGAUGCGUUCAGGAAUCGAAUUGUCCUCAAGAAGCUCCACGCUUGUUUAUUCAAAAUGCUUUAGUAGACAAAUAUAAUGAACAA